AUGUCGCUGCCUCAGCAACCCUUUGAGGAUCAUGAGAUCGAACUUCCUGAUAUUCAACACGGCGAUUCAUUCCGCCAGGUGGUGAGGAAGCUUUCUCUCUACUUUGGUGAAGCUAUCGAGCUGCCAAGCACCUACGAGCAGCUCAGAACAACUUCAGCUGGAAGCUGUCUCCGCGUCCUAGUAGACCACCUUGCGUACAGCCGGUCCCCGAACCCAGCAGUUGUAAACGCCCUCCUAGCCCUAAAGUGGCACUAUGCCUCCGAAGACGAGCAACAAGGCGUCGACCUAUCUCGCUCGCAUGCAUGUGAAAUAGUCGCGUGGCGUUUCCUAUCCAGAGUGCCCGAGCGGGAUGUGUUCAGUUAUUGUCUCUACGAGAUCCCAGCGGUCCAGGAUGCCGAAAUGGCUCAGUCGGAAACCGACACUGCUGGUCACUAUGGUGAGACCUCACCACUAUUGGCACGGUUCGGCACCCACGAGAGCGAAGACGGUGUGUACAGGCCUCCCGGAAGCUCCGGCAAAAGAGUACAGCUCCUCGGGUCGCUUUCGUUUUUGAGCCGGAACCAGGACGAGAGCUCUGUGGAUUUCAACGACCCUGCCGUGGCCUUCAAAGGACUAAACGCUCUUGAAAUAGCGGCGAUUGCAGACGCCAAGCGGUUCAUGAGCCAGCACGUUGUUCAGAAGAUAAUCACUGGUAUUUGGAACGGUCAUAUCGUCUACUGGGAUUCGCUUUCAACCAAAUCCACCAAGCAGCCUCGUUUCUACGACCCGCAGACGACCGAUCCCUUUUCGCGCCUGCGAGUGCCCAAGUACAUGAAGUACUACGAAGUCGCCUUCUUCGCCAUUUUCCUAUGCCUUUACUAUGCUGUUCUCAUACGUGGGAAGACAAGUCGGAUGACGGGCGCAGAAGUCGCCCUGCUGGCUUGGUUUCUGUCCUUCUUCUCCGCCGAGUUGAAUGAGUGGUACGAUGCUGGUUCCAUAUUCUAUGCGACAGAUUUCUGGAACCUUUUCGAUGUCGCUAUGAUCCUGAUUGGGUUCAUCUUUGCUGUGCUAAGGAUAACUGGCUUGUGCCUCGAAGAUUCGAACCUCAGCGGCUGGGCAUUCGACAUUCUCGCCCUCGAAGCCCUCUUCAUGGUCCCACGCAUCUGCUCCAUCCUGAGCCUCAGUCCCUACUGGGGCACCCUGAUCCCAUGCCUAAAGGAGAUGGGGAAAGACUUCGUCAAGUUCAUGGUCCUCGUCGUCAUCUGCUACAUGGGGUUUCUGACCACCUUCUCCCUGCUGGGGAGGAAGGUAUUCACCUUCGCCCAGAUGGCCAUGAUCCUGACCAAGAUCUUCUUCGGGUCGAGCUACAUCGGCUUCGAGAUGAUGAGCGAGAUCGACCCCCUCUUCGGCCCCCCCCUCGUCAUCCUCUUCGUCACGCUCACCAACUUCCUCCUCCUCGGCUCCCUGACGGGUAUGCUCUCCAACAGCUUCAUGAAGGUCACGAGCCGCGCCCGCGAGGAGUACCUCUACGUCUACUCCGUGUACGUCCUGGAGGCGUCGACGAGCAACCGCCUGGUGCACUUCUACCCGCCGUUCAACCUGCUGGCCUUGCUCAUCUUCCGCCCCUGGGCCCUUCUCGUCGGCAAGUCACGCGCGAUUCGGAAGGGUCGAAUCGUUCUGCUGAGGAUCACCCACCUGCCGCUCGUCGGCGUGAUCAAGCUAUAUGAGCUUUUCCGACACGACGUGUUCGAGAGCGAGCUCGCAAGGUUGAAAGACAGCAGCUCGCAUGCCGGGCAGAAUGGACGGUCGAACAACGCGGUCAUACGCCCCCGUUCUGCUCGCCGUCAGUCCACGUAUGCGGAGUCGUCUACCGGGAAGGACAGGGUGAGGAAGCGCAGCCUCAUGCUGGAAGACGAGGUUGGCGACGAGUCGGCCGUGGAAGCGCAGCUCGGCGAGCUCCAUCGGAAGAUAGACCAGCUCACGCAGAUCGUCAUCGCCCUGCAAGAGAAUCAGUCUACGGCGCCAACC